AUGGAAGGACGUACGGUGGCGCAGCCUGCAAAUAAGAAAAGACGCGAGAUCCCACCCCUCGAUUCCUCCACUAUCAGUGAACAAGACGCACAAAAACAAAGUUUUGGCCGAGGAAAAAACAACAGAGGUUGACACUCGCACAAAGUCAAGGCCAGUCGGCACCGUUUGAAACCUCUUUUUUUGGGUGUAAUGAAAAAGCAUGAAUUUAAACUGGAGAUGCUCCCGAAACCGCACGUGAAGCGGGGGCUGCAGCUGCACGUGCGUUGCACGCUCGCAACAUUUACGAGGAGAGGUGUGAGCGGAGAACGAUUCCCGAUUGGUGGGAUGAUGCCUCAGGCCUUCUGAUUUCCAAAUCUCAAGAUGAUGUAACCUAUUUGUCGGUUUUGGAUUGAUUAGAUGUGUUUACGAGCAUUCAAAAAAUUAUCUCAAAACUCACGGUUUGCUGUAAAUUCUAUGAUGUUGAGCAAAUAUAUGCUUUUUUUGUCUAUUAGAAUUGCUACACAGUUUUUUUACCAAUUUUUUUAAAAGUAUCGCAAAAAAAUAAAUUAAAUGAAAAAAAGUUAUGUUUAGGGGUACAUUCUGCGCUUUUAAGACUUCAAUAGUCAUUCAUGAAAUAAUCAUGAUUUUCUAACUCCAAAACUAUUACCUAGUUUGAAAAAAGCCUUCGUUCAACGUGUCUUCUGUGUAUGCUAGGUCCUAGCUUUCAAGCAAAAGAAACUUGUCCGACCUCUUAUUUUGGUGAAUAAAAUCAUUUUCCAACAUGAAGAAGCGUUGAUGGCAUAGAACAAUGGAUGGAACGGCAAAAGUUUCGUGAAAAACGCAAGAACAAAAACGGAAAAUUAAUCAAUCGUUGGCACCAAGUCGUGUGCUCAAUGCUCGAUGGGUGCUCGGCGAGCCACGGAAUGAAAAAGCUCAGAGUGCAGCUGGAGGCGAGUCGAGUCAUAUGUGAUAGCUCAACCGAGUGCAUUGAACGAUCCCAUCAAGAGGAGGAAAAAGUGUUCGAGGAGGAACUGGAGUUCUUCCGCACUUUUAAAAUCCUUGAAAAAGAUCAAGAAACCAGGAACCGACAGUUAACUAACAAAGUAUUAAUUAACAAAAGGCGUCACAAAAAACCGGUUCGGCAAAAGUUAUUGCUCGUGAGAAGUUGCCGAAAAUAUUAUGACCUUGUUUUGGCAAGUGUGAUGAUAGGAGGGUCGGCGGCACGCUGCCAUUGGUCACUUCUUAUCGCUGUAAUCCCCGAUGGGCUGACCUUUUACGUACUUUUAAGGGUCAACAGAAGAUUCAGCCAAUCAAUGAUCUAAUGAAUUUAAUAAAAAAUAUCAUAAACUUGUCAGAACGGAGAGAGAAAAUCGCCUUUCCUACUGACCUAAUUACAUCCGAUCGUGUUUCUUUCGCUAUUAGACAGCUUCGAUCAUCAGAAAAAAAAGGUUCAAAGUGAAACUAUCUAAUAGUUUGAACGGGAACUUGUUUAAAAAGUCGGAAACCAGUUAACAAGCAGCACUUGUCGGAAACUCUGAGAGAGGAAGAUUUAAAAUGAUUAGUGUUUCCUGAGCCUUCGGAAGCUCGACCAACACAUUAUCAGACACCUACCAACACAAACAUUUUGUAUUUACCGUUUAAACAGAGCAGUAAACGCGACGAUCGUAAGAGCUGCUGGCGCCAGUUGCUAACUUUCCUCCGGCCGGUAUUUAUAAACCCCUCACAAAUGAGCAACAAUUUCAGUUGCGAAUUUUUUCGAUUUUCGGCAAAGGGCAUCGAGUUUUUUGACGGACGGAGUUCUUAUUGGCUGCUAUGAAUGGUCUGAGGACAUAUCUAUUAUAUGUGGAAAAAGCGAAACGAUUUUUUUUUUGAAGGCCUCAGAAGAAAUUUUGUUUGAAGUUUAAAGAUUGAGGACGACUCUUUCUCAAAUUGAAAGUUACACUUUUGAGUUUUAGAAAAGAAAUCAGUCUUGAAUGAAAUUUUUCGCCAAAACAUUUAAAAGAAAGACUGUUUCCCGAUUUUGACAAGAGAAUUCAUUUCAUUUUUUUUUCUUGAAAUUUGGCCAGAACACUUCUAGGUAUACCUAAUGAAGAUCCUGAAAGCCGUGAUCUGCACAACUUCCCCCUUUUUGAGAAAUGUGGGCUCAGAGACUUGAAAUAGCUUAUUUUAACGGUUCUCCUCGACUUUAAGGCGUCCUUACUCAAAAACUAGGAAGUUGUGCAGGUUGAAACUUUCAGGAUCUUUAUCUGGUACAUUAAGAAGUGUUCUGAUCAAUUUUCAAGAAAACCCCAGCCGCAAAGUAAGAUGACUUUACUUGUGAGGCUCAUAAUAAAAAUUAAUAAAAGUCAAGGAGCUGCAAAAAGCUCGCUAAACUGCAUAAUUCACAGCUUUCUCAUUCCUUCUAUACAUCGAAAAAACAUGUGGACUAACAGUAUACUUCAAAAAAAGCUCAUUUCCCUCUCUAAAAACUAGUUUAACCUCAUGAAAGAGAACUUUUGGAAUCAUCGGGAAAAAUGGGAAAAGCGGUAAAGUUAAAACUCUGUGGUGCGGCUGGAUGAUCGAUCCUAGUUGACUGUCGGCUGGGCAGCUGUCCCAAGCAGCACAAAACGGCUGCUGCGCCGGCAACCCAACAACCCUCGAGCAAGAGCAAAAAGACAAAACAGCAAGGCAGCGAAAAAGACAGUGAGUACUUUGGAAUUUUCCGAAGGUUCACUAAAAAGUUUGAGGUCUCUCCAUUAAUCUAAAGGCUUUUUUUUGAAGUUAAGUUCAAAAAGCCAAAUUCAUUCUAAAAUUCUGAUUUCAAGUUCGCGUUCCAAGAAAAAAAGAUCAAACAUUUCUUUUUUUAAAGUUCAUGAUUUUUUUCAGAUUUUUCAUAUCUUGGCAAAUUUUAUUUUUUUGUUUUUUUCUUGACGAAUGACAUCUUAAAAGGCCAUUUUUUUAAAUCUCACUACGAACAGCUGAAAGUUAAAAAAAGGUCAUUUUCGGUUUUCAUUAACAAAAACUCAGAUUUCCACUGAUAUUUGGAUUGCAUUCAUUUUUCAACUACAAGCGGUUUUUACAAAAAGGAAAUUUUUUUAAAAAAACUCGAAAAAAAUUCAAAUUCAAUAAAAUUGAAUGUUUUUUUCUGAAUGUAAGGUAACUAAAAAAAGCUUCCAAGCUUCUAAAUUCCAAAGUUUGAACAAAAUGAAAGAAAGAACCGAAAUCAUUUUGGAUCUAUACAAAGAUGAACAGCGCUGCAGCUUGAUGUGGAGAAUAAUGGAUCGAUGUCGAAUAUCGCUGUUGAACGAUUUGACAAACAUUUUGUGGAAAAAAACAAGCGGCUUGGGCGGGGACCCACAGGAGAAAGAUCGAAAACCUCGUCAUCCAACUUUGUUUUCAUUUGAGCUACCGUAGGAGCAAAAUCGAUUGACUUUGGUUUUUCGAGUUUUCAUCAGAAGCUAUUCCAGAAAAAAAUACAUAAUAAAAUAAAGAGGCUACUUUGGAAAAGAAAAUAAUUUUUCCAACUUGAGAGUUGAAUUCAAUCGAAAGGUUUUUUUCGUUUUACUCGCAGCCAAAUUUUUGAACUGCUUGAAAAUAUAUCUUUUUUUAGAUAUUGAAAAAAAGUUAUCUUAAAUUAUGGUUUUUUAUGACUUGAUCAGGCUCAUAAACGUCUGUCAUCAUAAAGUAAUAGCUUGACAGAAUAAAAAUAACUCACUGAUCCAUUUACGAAGAGAGCAAUGAAAAGUCGAACAUCUUACAGGAAAAUAAUUUUAUCUUGUUUGCAUUGAACCUAUCGAGUAGUAAAAUUGCCGUAAAGGAAGUGUAAAAAAAGUGGCGCGAGGACUCGAACGGGAUUCAGUGAGCGAGAGUGAACACUGAUAUUUUACAGAACUCCAGCUCUUUUGACGAAUAGAAAAAGUUGGGGGAAGACAGGAGAUCUCAUCACUCGUCCAUCAUCUGGGGAGGACAUACUGUUAAAAAGUUUUGCUGUGAAGUUUCAAGGCUAGAUUUUGACUUGAUUCAAAAAAUGAAAAACUUUGUCUGGAGAAAGUUGAAGUUGAGCUGGGACUAGUGAGAAGAGGAAAGUUGAAGUUUUUGAUUUUUGUAACGAUGAGUCUUUCAAAAUUAUCUUUUUUAUUGGUCAAACAAAAGCAGGAAACUUCUUAUUUCAGAAAAGGGCCAUCAUAAGUUUCAUGUUCAAAUAAAUAACUUAUUUAUCGUUGACUAAAACUGAAGAAGCUUAACAAUGACUAUGAACUAAAUUUGAACUUCAUAAGAAUUAUUUGCAUUCCAUUGGAGGUGAAUGCAGUCUCUAGAUUUCAAGGAUUCUUCAAAAAACGGACGCGAUUUUUAGUCACGAAGGUAACAAGUAAGUAAAAAUUUUAAAAGAGAUACGCAGCAGCUGACAGCCAAAAGUCUGAGGAAGCUUGCAAACUUGGAGCAAUAACAAUGCUGAAAGUAGAAAAACAAAGGAAGCUGAAAAAUUGGGCUGGCAUUGAUUUUUUCUAAUUAUGCGAGAGUUUGAAACUUUACGGUAAGUUGUCGGGCUCUCAGCCGUAACCAAAAUUAGAAGACUCCAAACUUCGGUUCUUUCUGCUAAACGAGCCUCUUCUUGAAAAAAAGAAAAAUGAUAGAAAAUAAAUGUGUUUCUGCUUUCUUAUAGUUUUACAAAAAAAGUAGAAAAACAGCUGCUUUUUGUCACUUUUUUUAGCAUUCCUGAGCUCCCAAGUCAAGAAGAAUUCGUUUUAAUAGAAAAAAAUUUGAGCUUGAAUAUCCCAAUCUUUUGACAAUAUUACAUUGUUCUGAAUGUACAGAAGUCAGUUUCUCCUCAUUCAUAGUCAAUUCAGCCCUGCAGAUGACCUGAAACCCCCUGGAAAUCGCCGUUGCCAUGGGAGCGCGGAUGCAACCUUGCGGCCAAGAAGCUGUUCUUCAUCCCCAAUAGAAAUGUUCUAUAUCCUCGGAAUGGGUCCAGGCCUGUUCGUUUUGAUCCUGAUUUAUUCGUUUGCUGUCUUCGGAUGCGUCGUCUAUGGACGCUCGAACGGAAUGUGAGUGUUCAGCCGUUUUAUCUACCCUUUAUCGCUUUUUUUUCAAGAAAGAACCCUAAAAAGACCAUUUCAUUGCACAUAAAAUGGAUAAGUUUAGGCCAGCCGUUCUCGGUAUUGGAGUGAUAACAGGACUGCUGACGCUAGCUUUGCUCCUUUGGCCGUUGAAACCAGCGAAAGAAGGGGUCGCCGUUGAACAGUCCAUAAAAAUAGAUUACUUAUUGUUUCCAAGACUUCUACUUGCAAUACUUCUAUUCUUGGUUGUUAUGCGAUUAUUCUGCUUGUAUGCCAAGUACGACCUCCUACAAGUUCAUAGAGCAGAGAACACGAAAAAUUGCCAUGAGACGGAGGAGUUUCAUAAUGAUUAUUUACAAUAAAGGUUUACAAAAAGUUGCUUGGAAGAUAUUGGAAAACAAGCAAGAAAAUUGACUUCUAUGGAAGGCUGAUACGGAUCAAGAUUGUUCGAAUCAGUUUGUCCACCACUGCCAAAGGAACAAUAAAUCUUCCCUGCGCGGAACAUUUAUCACUCUUCUCAAUUUUCUGCGCCUAUUUUGCUUGAGGCCGUACGUCAGUUGAAACUAGUUUUCCAUCGGACAAAACAUAUCAUUCAUUGUUUGAAAUAUUCUUGCAAAAAACUUCAAAGAGGAACUAUCAGAUUUUUUUAGUUUCAAAGGGCGUAUUCAAAGUGAAAACAAAAAAUUGAAGCAAUGGCGGUUCCAAAGUCCUUUCCGAAAAAAUGAUGAGAGUUUCAAUUUUGUUUACGUUCGAAGUUAUUGAGUAAAAGUGAAAACAGGAGAUAAUUUGUGAUACCCUUUUUGAAUUGACGUUUUUGUCAAUAUUUACAAUAUUACAGUAAUCUUGCCUCCAAUUAUUAUUUUUUUGAAAUUUUUUUCUUAUAUUUUUAGGAAAAAUUUUCUUCAUCAGGGUUCCCUCGAAAUUCGAGAAGAAUAUCAGAAGGGGAAUGCGUAACCUGAACGCAAAAAUUUCUUUCCAGAUUUUUCGUUCGAAAAAAGAGUGAAAAGCAAUUCAUCUUUUUCCACUUCUCCCAAUUUCAUACCACAAAAGAUGGAUGGAACUUUCAAAGGAAAAUUACGAAAUUGGAGCAGCUAUGUAAUUUCGUCGUGGUGAAAGGAACGUAAAUCUUCGCGCUCUUCCCAAUUCGUCGAACCUACCAUCUGCAGUAUUCUUUGGUCUUUUUUGAGAGUGAAUAAAAAAAUAAAGUUGAAUAAAAGUAGACAAGUCAAUGAAACCGUGUCGCAAGAAGCUUGAAACGAAUUUUUAAAAUUUCAUAAGUUGCUGAAUUUUAAGGUAAUGAAUCUAAUGAAAGCAUUUUUUGACCGAGCGUCAGCUAAUUAUCAGGUUUUGAAUGGAACAUUUUUUCUUGAUUUGCUUUAAAGUCUCAAAAAGUUCGAAAUCGAUAAAAAUUGUUACAUUUUUAUUAUUCAAUGGAAUAUAAAAAUAAUGAAUUGAAAUACAGAAAAGUUUUCAAAAUUUACUCAUCGAGGAAUUGAAGAAAUUCCCAUAUAAAGUUUUAAAAUAGAAGUUAUACUAAAAGACAAAAAUAUUACGAAAAAUCGCAAAAUAAUGUAAAAGAAAGAGUUGGGGACUUUUUUAUGCCCUCUUGUCAAAAAUCAUAAUUGAGCUAAAAACUUGUUUUUUCAAAGCCUGCUCUCAAAAUUUAUGAAUUUUUUUCUUUCGUAGUUUCCAAAAAAAAAAGUUGAAAGUUUGUCGGCCCAGGAGUACGCAAAAGUGCUUGUUUUAGACGGCUUAACAUUAUCCCCCAUACUGUACUCGACCUUUCGUUUCAAUCAACUUCAUUUUUUUAAAAUCUGGGCGGAGCAAAAUAAUUCAAGAAAGCUCUUUGGCAGAUUGAGAGGCGUAACCCAGAUGCUCUUUCUCCAUUUGGCGCCAAGAAGCUUCCAUUUCCAACAGUUCCUCCUUUGCUUAAAAAGUUGCUUUCAGAUGAACCGGCUCUUUGUUGUGUUUUUGUCGGUUGGUAUCGUAUGCGCCGCAGUGCCUGAGUUCCGUCAGAGAUACUUCCGAUAUCACAACUCAUACCCAGAGGUCGAACUUCUUUCUUUAACUGAUUCGACCUUUUUUUGAUGAAACUUUGAUUGGUAUGGAGUAUAGAAGUGAACGGAAAACUACAAGUUCUUGUAGGGGUUAAAUUUCUAAGUUACUACUUUACCCUAGAAAAAAGACUUGCUUUACCUAGGGGGAAAAAUAAAAAAGUUGGAUUCCAGUGCAUGUUUAAAAAAGUUUGAAACUCUUUUUAAAUAGACAAUAUGAGCAAAAAGUGAUUUUUUUCGAACUACGAGAAUGCCCUAUUAAUCUUUUUUCUCGACAGAAAAUUUUAUUGCUUCUAUCAGAAUUGGAAGCUCUGAGAACAGGAAACAGAAAAAGUGAUAUUAUUUCUACGAAUUAGAAAAAUGUUACAGGUUUUUCAUGAAAUUUUUCAUUUUCUUCUUCUGUUGCCUUCUGAAAAGUUUCACAGCUUUCGAAAUGAAAACUCAAAAAUAGAUGAAAUAAAUCAUAAAUAAAUCAAAUAAUUCUUUUUCUUCACAAAAAUAGUCUUAUUUUUUUCAGCUUCUUCGUCUUCCUGAGGAACUGGAGUAUGGCUUUGACAAACGUAGUUCAGAUCCAGAAUUUGGUAUUUUUAUUUUUACUUUCACUUUUACUCAUUUCAUUUGUGUUGAUAUUUUUACAGCGGAUAAGACUUUUUUUGAUUUUUUUCCUUUUUACUAUUUUUGGAAUACAAACGAAAAAAAAUCUUUUACGUUGACAAAUUUUUCAGUUCCUCGUGUUUUUGGUUCAAAGUUAUUAUUGACCAAAAAGGCAUAAUACAAUGAAAAAAAUUUAAUAUUUUUUUCUUCAAAUAAUAGUUUUCGUGUUUUUCUCCCAAACUAACUCAUAUUUCACGACACUUCCUCUGAAAAAAUUUUGGCCCGAUUUGAACUAAUUUAAGGGGAAAUAUCGUUGCCAAUCUACGAAUUGACGGUGACAAAAAGGGCAUUCAACCCGGACACGAUGCACAGCAUGGACAAGUUCUCGUUUGGCCUUGGAAAACGAUCUGUCCAUGGAUUCUACCCAUGA